AUGAAUAAGCUGGCCAACAUGCGUCACUGGUCCGAGAGGAUGAGCCCCAACUUCGGAAUGGGUCGUCCCAACAUGCCCAUGAACGCCCUCAACGCCCAUCCCAAGAACGCUGCCCAGCCCGGCGGCCCCAUAAGCUCGCCGCAGGCCGCCGAUGCCACGAUCCACUACUCGUUCAACGUUCCCUUCGCUUCCGACCUCGCCGGCCCCAACACCGAGGACAUUGUCCAUGCCACGACCGAUGCUGUUCUCCGGUGGACUCACCCCGAGGACGCUCCCGAUGACGUCCAGGUGCACGAGCUGCCCGUCCACGUACAGAACCUGGCCCAUCUCCGCAAACUCUGCAGCGACCUCUCUGUCGGGCCGCUACCGAUCGAGGCCCACGUUCUGUCGACACCGCCCAAGAAUGGCAGGGGCCAGCAGGUCACCACCGUCUGCCUGUCCGGCUCCCCGGAGCUGGUGAACAAGAGUAGGGAAACCAUUCUCAACGAGAUACCAAUCUCAAUGCGUUGCACCAUAAUCGAUAUUGACGGCAGCCUGGUUUGUGACCUCAACGCGGGCGUUCUCAAGACCCCGGUGGUGGAAAUGCUGGACUAUAUCUCAAGCUUUUGCGGCGUCGACAUCUUCUUGCUUGGCCCCAAGCUGACCCCCAUGGUGGACGGCAUGACUGGCGACUCGGAGAUGCGGAUAGACCAGCGGUGGAGAGUCGCCAUCUACGGCGACAUUCUCUCAUCCGAGCACGCCAAGGCCAGGGUUCUGAUACAUAUUGACACUCUGCUCGGCCGUGUCGUCGACGUCACCAAGGUGGAGCUGUACCUCCACCAACUUGUCUGCGGUCGGCAUCGAAAGAACAUCAAGCUCAUUGAGUCCUCAACCGGAACUGCCAUAUACUUCCCUCCUCUGUUCUCGCAAAUGUACCGCUACUGCCCUCCGAACGCGAACCGCCGUGAUCCCUCCGAUAUUUUCAUCACCGGCGAUUCCCCGCAGGCCAUCGAGUUGGCCAAGCAGAAGCUGCACGAGACCGUCUCGCGAAUCCGGCUCUACGUCAAGGAUGUCACGAUUCCGGCUGCCAAGAUUGACAGCAUCUUGCUCACCCGCCUCGACAAGGUUCGAAAGAUUCUCGAGGCCAACGGAACUUACAUCAUGUUCCCCCCGCUGGCGUGUCAACGCACCAUGGUUCGAGUUCAAGGCAGCGAGGGCCUUCCGGUUGAGCGAACCGUGCGGGAGCUCAUGUCCUUGGCUGGUCAAUUUUACGGUGCCGGUUGGUACACCCAGCAUUCUGACCAAAGGCAGCUUCUUGGCCCCGUGGAUAUCAAGGCGAUGCUGGGCGAGAUCUGCGCCAACUCCGACGCCGACUUAUCCUUUGACAAGAUGAACUUCACCGUCACCGGCUCCGAUGACGCUGUCAAAUCCGCUCUGAACGUCAUCUCCGAGCUUCGUUUCGUGACUCAAGCUCCGUACCAGAUUCGUGUCAAGAUUGAGCUGGCCAACGAGCACAAAGAGUUUGUUAGCGGCAAGAAGAACGGCAAGAUCAACAAGAUCAUGGGUCAGAGCAACGUGCAGAUCAUUUUUGACGGUUUCAACGAGUACAACUUCAACAUUGACGUCAUGGCGGCCAGCUACGAGUCCAUGAAGCAGGGCCUCACUCUUGUUGAGCAAGAGAUGCCUGCCUCCAUCUCCUUCCACGUCCCGGACCAGUACCACAAGCGAAUCAUCGGCAUUGGUGGCCAGCAUAUCCAGCGAAUCAUGAAGAAGCACUCUGUCUUCGUCAAGUUCUCCAACGCAAUGGAUAGAGGUGGAAUUAGUCGUGAGGAUGACGAUAUCAAGGUCGACAAUGUGAUUUGCCGCACGCCCGCUCGCAACGCGCAGAAUUUGGAUGCGGUCAAGAACGAAAUCCUUGAGAUGGUGGACCGAGCCGACUCGGAGUACACCACCCAGGUUGCUAGCGUUGAUCGCUUGUACCACCGAGAGCUCAUUGCCCGCCUGCCCGAGAUCGACGAGUUGGAGCAAAAGUACAACUGCAAGAUCAACUUCCCCAGCACCGAGGAGGCAAGCGACGAGGUCACCGUCACCGGUCCCCAGUGGCAGGUGCCACACUGCGUGGAUGAGUUCCUUGGCAUGGUGCCAGACAAGCACGAGCUCGUCGUUGCUCGCACUGCUGAGCUUGUCAAGUUUCUUGAAUCGCCGGACUUUGCUUCAGACCUGGUGACCAAGCUGAAGACGCAGUAUGAAGUCGAGGUCACGGUUCACCAGAACCCUGACGAGCUCACCGAGGAGGGCAAGCCGACUGUCACGCUCGUCUGGGGCUUUACCCGCAACAACGCUGGUGGACUUCGGGAUGCCAUCGACUUCCUCGAGGCACAGCUCGCAGCUGCUGGCGUCGAUGCCGCCAUCGUCAAGGGAUCCAUUCCCCGGCCCAAGUCCGACUCGUUCGAAGACUCCCUCCAGUACUUUGACUCGAAGCUUCUUCAGCACGCACCCAACACGGUCGCUGCCGACUCCCCCGUCAAGGCCGCCUUCGAGGCUGGAGUCGCCCGCGAGCGGAGCAGCAUCCUUGACCGCCUCCGCAAGCCUGGCAGCAUGACGUCCAUCUCGUCCUUUUUGGACCGCAGAAAGAACAGCUCGCAGUCGACCAACGGCAACUUCUUCAAGGGCUCGAGCAACGUCUCCAAGUCGUCGCUCAUCUCCAUUGAGUCGACCCGCAGCUUCAACGCCGAUCGCAACCCCUGGAACGACAGCGGCGUGAACCUUCCAGACGACGACCACCCCUGGGCCCCGCGCCCGAUCAGCAAGCACAUUGACAACAAGCUUGCCAUUCCGCUACCCGGCGACGUGACGCCGCGACACGGCCCUCGCGCGUCCGGAGACAGCGGCCGCCCUUCUACUUCCCAUUCCAUGAAUUCAGGAUACCCCGGCCCGGUUGGGCCUUUCCGUUAG